UAAUUCUACGUUGUUAGAGGAUAGACGUGCCGGCAUAUUAGGCCUAAAAGGUCUCUCGAGAGAAUAUCGGCAUGAAGUCGGUAAUAAAAGCCUCGGCGCUCUUUUACAUAUUCUCAACGAGGACCGCGCGGAUAUUGAUACCUGCAAGGCGAUUCUCGAAAUUCUCAACAUUCUAUGCACACCAGAUAGACAAGAGGAUCCCGCUACCGAUUUGGGUGUGAGAUUUACGGACGAGAUUGUCCAGGAUCCUGCCAAUAUAAAUUUAUUCUUAGAUCUUUUACAGGAGUAUGAUUUUUAUGUCCGUUUCCACGAUGUUCAGUUAUUGGGAACCUUGCUGACGGUCAGAUCCGACCGUGUACAAGGUUGUAUAUUGACGGCACCCAUGGGGAUCUCACGUUUGAUGGAUCUGCUAGAUGAUCGAAGGGAAAUCAUAAGAAAUGAGGGAUUACUAUUGCUUAUUGCUCUUACCGAAAAUAACGCGGAUAUACAAAAAAUUGUUGCGUUCGAAAAUGCGUUCGAAAGGCUGUUGGAAAUAGUAAUGGAAGAGGACGGAUUGGAUGGUGGCAUUAUUGUUCAGGAUUGCAUGCAGCUAAUGAUCAAUUUGUUGAGAUAUAAUGUCUCCAAUCAG